AUGGAAAUGGACACUGUCGCUGUGGGCGACACUGCGUCUAUGACGCCCCCUGCAAGCGCCGAUGGUGAAAAGCAAUCGCCUCAAGCGUCUGACAUGGAUGUCGAUUCUGGUGGUCCCGUCGAUGAAACCGAGAUCCAACCUGAUCACUAUUACGGUGGAGGGAGGAUUCCGGUUUUCAAGCCGGUUAGUGAUUUCGUGAUUUUGAUUCGCGCAACAAUAUGUCUGGAAUUUGACUUUUUAUUCUGCUCCCAAAACUUGUCCACUAACGAUUUACUUUCUCCUUGGGGACUAAAACAGACAAUGGACCAGUUCCGUGACUUUCAGUCUUUUAUUCGCAAAAUCGAUAGAUAUGGCAUGCAGUCUGGCGUCGUCAAAGUAAUUCCCCCUCAAGAAUGGUUGGAUGCCCUCCCACCCUUAGAUGAAGCUGUUAAAACUAUUCGCGUGAAAAACCCCAUAAUGCAAGAAUUCCAUGGUUCUCAUGGGAUCUAUACACAAGCCAACAUUGAGAAACAACGGUCGUAUAAUCUGCCACAAUGGAAGGCUCUUUGUGAAGAAACGAGUCACCAACCUCCCGCUAGACGCGGUGAGCGACGGCGGGCUCAAGAAAAAUUUACUCGUGGCGGUGGAAAAGGCCAGCCUGGAAGAUCCGACUCAGUUAAACGUAAGCCUGGACUACUCAAAGCCAAUUCUGCUGAGCCGGAGAAGCACGAUGAUAACUCCGUUGAGAAGAAACUGGAAGGGCCGCCAACCCCUGUAUCCCCACAAUCCAACCCAGUGGAGCCGAAAUCCGAGGAACUUAGUGAUGGAGAAUCUUUGCCAGCCCCGAAACCCAACAAGGGAAGGCAGCCCAAAUCUGUUACCGCUCGACGCAAAUAUAACCGUGGUGACGCUACUGACCACAUCGAUGAAGAAACCUUCAUGAGGUUUGACUACCAUCUAUCCGGGAGUGAGGAGUACGUCACGGAACGUUGCGAAGAACUCGAAACGGCCUAUUGGAAAUCUCUUAUGUAUAACAACCCUAUGUAUGGUGCAGAUAUGCCCGGCUCCCUUUUUGAUGAUUCUGUGACAUCCUGGAAUGUUGCCAAACUACCCAACUUGUUGGACGUCCUUGGCCAGAAGGUUCCAGGAGUAAACACCGCUUAUCUUUACCUUGGGAUGUGGAAAGCUACCUUCGCUUGGCAUUUGGAAGACGUGGACCUCUAUAGCAUAAAUUUUAUCCAUUUUGGUGCCCCCAAACAGUGGUAUAGCAUUUCCCAAGAGGACCUACCCCGAUUUGAAGCUGCCAUGAAAAGUACGUAUACACACAGCGGAAACAAACGAGUACUAAUGAGUUUAGGCACCUGGCCCACCGAUUCAAAGAAUUGUGAUCAAUUCCUGCGCCAUAAAACAUAUCUAAUCUCUCCGUCUCUGCUAAAAUCGCAAUAUGGUAUUACUGUUAACAAAAUGGUUCAUUAUGAGCGCGAGUUUGUUAUCACAUAUCCAUAUGGGUAUCAUUCGGGUUUUAAUUUGGGAUAUAAUUGUGCUGAAUCCGUUAAUUUUGCCACGGAAAAAUGGCUAGACUACGCUCGGAUUGCGAAGAAAUGCAAUUGUGAAACUGAUAGUGUUUGGAUUGAUACUCGAGAAAUCGAGAGGAAAUUGCGUGGGGAAGCCACUCCAGAGUACUACGAUGAGGUGGACGAUCAAUUUGAAGGAGCUUCUGAUCUGCUUACUCCUCCUCGCAGUGUCCCUGAAAAAUCCUUUGCCCGUAGGAAACGGAGGCAAGAUCUCAACGAACCUAAGACUAAGCGGGUCAAAUUGCAUCUUGAAGGCCCAAGGAAAAUUCCUUGUAUUUUAUGUCCCAAUAACAUGGACUACGAAGAGUUAUUACCAACUGAAGAUGGGAUGUAUCAUGCCCAUAGAAGAUGUGCUCUCUACAUUGAUGAAACCUCGAUUCUCAAAGAUGAAUCCGGCAAAGAAGUCGUAUGUGAUAUCGACAAAAUACCAAAAGCAAGAAUGGGUUUAAAAUGUUUGUUUUGCCGGGAAAUUAAGGGGGCGUGUUUUCAGUGCAUGUACGGCAAAUGCGCUAGGGCUUACCACCCGACAUGCGCUCUUUUAGCCGGAGUACAGGUUGAGUUUGGUGAAAUAUCUGUUACAGCCGAUGACGGGUGCGAAUAUACUGUUCCAGCAGUUGACCUCAAAUGCAAGUAUCACCGACCAAAAAGAUAUGGAUCCCAAUCCCCCGAGACCAUAGAUUUGGAUUUUAGGAUCACAGAAACUGCUAAGAAACUCUGCACCGGGGAUUUGAUACAGUUCCAGGCAGAUAAGGAAAUAAAUGGCGCGGUCGUACUUGAAAACCGACUGGAGGAGCGCGCCCUGCUCCUCAAAGUGCUCCCAAGAGGUGACGUUAUCGAAUUACCCUAUCGUUGGAUGCUCAUUGUGAAGAAAUCUAAUUUCCUCCCACUUCCAGCUGGGAUAAGACCUCUCCCUGCACAUUUGGCUCGAAAACCAGAAGCUCGAAAGGAUUUAUCUUCCACGGUGCCUUCGCCUGGUACGCCUUUCGGAGACCCAUGGCUACCUUACCAGUGGGCCGAAUUCUCUUGCAUUAAACCUCCAUUUAACCCCCAUGCGGUGAAAGUGGACAUAUCCAAACCCGAGCAAAUAUGGUAUUUUCUCGGCAAAACGUCUACAGAGUGUCGUGCCCAGUACACUGAUGAUCCUGCGAACCCUGUGCACAAUCCGAGGUCGAAUUUUCUUGAAAGUAUUAAAUUAUCACGAACAACUCUCCUGGUCUCUCAACCUUCCAUCCAUGCAGAUGAGCACAACUAUCAGGUCGUUGGGCAAUGUUUUGCUGCACCCGUCGUGUCUACCCCUUCCUUUUUCGUCAAGGCUCAGGCAUCCCAUUCACGUCUAUCAUCGUUACGGCCACCUUCACAAUCAAAAUUUGAUAUCCACCCUGCCUCUGCAGGUAUCAACACGAUUCAAUUCGCAACAGCUCGUCGUCUUAUCGCUUCAAUCACUGAGCAUGCUAAUGCUAGUGCUGGGUACAUAAUUGUUGACCCUGAUUUUGUUGUUCAGGUUCUUUUAGGCGACAGCGACUCGGUGAUUCCCAAGGGCGGAAUCCAAAAGCUUGCCAAUGUCAUGACUGAAUCUAUGGUUAGACCCAAAUCAAACAACGGAUUGCUCCCAUUGCAACCCUUGAAUAUGCAGGCUGAGGAAGUUGAUCAGUUACUACGAAUGCUUCGAUUUGCUAUUGUUGACCUAGCAAACAAAAUCAUUACGAAAGAUUCGUGGCCUGGGGCCCAUUCUGGACGAACAACCGUGAAAGAGACCUCUGCUACGUUUUCUGGUUCUGGAACCACCUGGAAUGCCUUCGACAACCUCCAAUGCCACACUGCCCCUGUUUAUAAUUCGCCCUACGCCCCAGGUUUUGGCUUCUCGGAAUAUGCAAUAAGGGAAUAUGGCCUAGGCCCUCGUCGACCUCCACCAAAGGAACACUCGGCUUCUGAGUUCUUUGCAAGGCUAUCGCCUGAGGACAAGGAAAAAAUUAUGAGGGCAUGUGGUAACUCAUCUUCUGCUAGAAAGGCUCCUGUAGAUAUACCUAUUGCACCGGGUCUAGGAAUGAGCCAAGUAUCGGGGCUUGGAACCUCAGCCACCACUACAAGCAUAUAUUCCAUGAAUAUCGAUCCGCAUCAUCUAUCAGUUCUCGAUAUGACAUUGCAUGCAGACUCACCAGCCUCGAGUUUUAGCAGGACGGCAAUCCAAUACCAAUCCCCACAAGAUUUUUCAUCAACUGUCGAACAGGAGUCUUGUUUACUUCCGAGACACUUGCCGGAUCACCAUGACCUUUUUGGCGAUCAGCAGACAAACCAGCGGUUUUGGCAACGUAGUACCCCUUGGAAUGACGGGGAUACUCAAUCUCAUAAUGACGAGCAUCGACCUUUUUUUGGUCCCCAUCUACCGCCUGCAGGACACGACUACCCUUCAUCUGAUAUGGACUUUGAACGUGGACCCGGAUCACUACACUCCAUGGAUAUGGCUGGAUUCGGUUUCGAUACCACCGAUGAUUUUUAUCCGGAUCCUAGCCCUUAA